AUGCCUUUCCUCGUCAUCAUCUCGCCCAACAUUCCCGCCGAUAAGCAGGCCGAGCUCGAGGCAGCCUGGCCACAAAUCAAGGAAGACAUUUCCAAGCAACCAGGUGUUAUUGGUGUAGCCGGCGGCCAGGUCGUCAACGAAAGCGGGACACCCGUGACCGAGCCCAAAUUUGUCCACACCAUCACUUUCGAGUCGGCGGCAGACGACAAGGCGUUUACCGAGUCGGCUUGGUACAAAGAGCGUGAAGAGCAAUACAAGGACGCCCCCGGCGGCGAGCCUCGAGUCAAGAAGUUUGAAACGGAUGCGAUCCCCAACGAAAAGCCCAAGACGUUCACUCAGUUUUGUUUCCUGGACAUUGCGGACGAAAGUAAGCACGCGGAGGCGAGACAGUCCUGGCUGGACCUCGUUGCGGCUCUUGGCCAGGCGGUUCACUUUGGAGGAAAGAGUGUCGGCGGUGGCCAGUCGACUGGCUUGGGAAUCCUAGGAUGGAACAGUGAAGAUGAAGCAAAGGCUGCUUAUACCAAGCCGGAGGCGCAGGCAGCGUUGCAAAAGUACCAGAGCUUCGGAAAGAGCGUUGCUGUCAUGGUCAAGCUCGAAGUCUAA